AUGCGAAGGUAUCUUAAUGCGCAAGAGAGAAUCUCUCUUAUCUGGCUCCACCCUCAUGUUUUGGUGAUGGCUCUUCUUAUGGUGAAAAUAUACUUGUUCACCAAAACUCUCACAGCAGCACUAGCAGCCUUCAAGAAAGUGGCGUUGUCUCUAUGUGUGCAGCUCGACAAUGCUCUGAGCCAAGCUUUGGCUGUCCCAAACCACGUUUCGACGAUUUCUCGCUUGGUGCUUGAAGCGGCUUUGGCGUCGGCAGAAAACUUGACGAAACACUUGUUCAACUUGGCUAUUUGGGCCAUGAAAGGCCUCAUUGGCUUUGCCAUCGAUCUUUAUUUGGGCACCGUCGCUUGUCUCUGCACGGCUUUUGUUAGAGGGACUUUGGAAGUGUUGACGGAGAUGUUGGAAACUGUGACGAAAGCGGUGCAAACAGCAGUCAAUGCCACCAUCAGAGCGUUUGAUUCGGGACUUUCGGGACUUUCCACGCUCAUCAGCGGCCUACUCCGCAGCUUUGACGCCGUGAAGUCGCUUUUUGGCGGAGAUUCCCAAGCCUCCACCAUUCUGGACGGCCUAAGCAAUCUCAACAUGACAGUGGCCUCGCUUUCCCAGAUUUCCAUUCCAACGUCGUACAUAGACAAGAUUGCCAAUCUCUCCAACGAUGUGCCUGACUUUGAAAACGUGCUUUCCAACCUCACGCUGUUGGUGACAAAACCUCUCGAUCUCAUGGCAUACGAUGUGGGCAACAUAUCUUUCCACAUUGGCUGGGACCAAAACAGCAACAGCACCAAAUUGGAGACUGUGCAAGGGUCCUGUCACGGGCUCGAGCGGAGUUUCGACGUUGCCAUCAGCGAAACAUGGAAACUCACCCACUACAUUCUCAUAGCCGUGGGAAUAGCCUGUCUGCUUCUUCUUUGCGUGAUGGCGUGGGUGGAAUACCAAAAAUGGAACAGGCACCAGCUUUUGCUUGACGAACUUUCCGUGGAACACCAGCAGGUUCGGAUCGGGAACAUGCUCAACGACUAUAGUCACCGUCUUGCCUCGCGGCUUGUGAGGAAAUGCCACCCUAAAGUCCGGUGGUGGGCUUCGUAUGUCGCCACGCCGGCUCUUACGAAAUGCCUCUGCCUCGGAAUAGUUGGAUCAGCGGCAGUAGCACUUCAAUACUGCAUUCUCAUGUCUAUCGAGCAGAAGUUGAAGAAGGUCGAAGUAGGCAACGACAACGACAUCUCGGCACUUGCCCGUUCGAGGACUUUGGCGUUUUUGAACGAAACUCAGCGUCUGUUGAACUCGCUGCUGCACCAGGCAAAUACCCUCUUGUUUUCCUCGCUCACCAACACAACGGCGACGCUCUAUGAGCAGAUUCUCGAGUCACAGGCCGCUGUUAACAACACCAUCCACGCUGUUUUCGGGUCGUCGCCUUUCGCCAAGCCGCUCCAGACAAUCGUGUAUUGUACGAUCGGACGCAAGUUGGAGAUGGUGGAGGAAGGGCUUCGGUGGAUCUCCAACAACGUGCAAAUCGAGUUUCCUCUUCCCCCCGACGCCCAGAUCCAGCAGUACAGCGAAGAAACAGUACGAAGCCUCACAAACCUGUCGUCUGACGUUUCUGAAGAGAUCCAGGCGGCACUCCACAGUUUGAUCAGCAAGUACAAAGAAAUGCUCCGUAUCGAGCUAAUCACCAGCUGUGGUUUUUUUGCAUUGUGGAUUUUGGCCGUUGGCGUUGGAUUCCUUCUUAUGUUGAUCAAGGAGGAGGAGAACCCGCAAAGUAUCGCCAUGAUCACUUCCCCGCGGCCUUUGAGCGAGAUUGAAAGAGAAAAAUACGACCUCCCGUUCACAGAUCCUUUUCUUCUUACAUGCUCAAGCAGGUAUUCGGAGACAUAG